GGGUCGACGAGUGCUGCCCAGAUCACGCACAGUUGCAUAUAUGGAGAAAAUUACCCGCAUUAGCUUACUGGCGCUUUGUGCCCUGCUCUUGCCUACAAAUGCACUGCAGUCGGAAACAGAACUGGGGAGCUCGGCAAACGCUGCUUCGGGAUCAAGAAGCUCGACACUACGUUGGCUGCCAGGCAAGGAUACAAGUAUAACAAGAAGACGUUGCCCGCUUGGUCAAGUCUUCAAGCAAUGCGAGAGCAGCACCUGUGGCGAGUACAGGUGCCAGGACCUUUAUCAUUUUCGUGAGAGAGUAUGCACGGCUGACUGCCAGUCAAAAUGCUUCUGCAACUGGCCCUUCUUCAGAAACAACGAUGGACGUUGCGUUCCCGUCUGGAAGUGCUAUACGUACAAACACCCCGCUUGGUUUGAGAAGCUUCGGUCCAGCAUCUCCGGCCAAGCGGCAGGAGGGCAGUCUGGUAACUGGGGUGCAUCAUCUGGAGCAAAUUCCGGCAGUUCGAGCAGCGUGAAUGGCCAAUGGUCUGGUGGGUACGGCCAAGUGACCGGUCAGCCGACUGGUAGCUGGGUCUCGGCACCUGUCUUUCAACCUGGUGGCUGGGGAGGCAUGAACGGCGCACAGGCAGGAAGCUGGAGCUAUGGGAGUGGCCAAUAUCCUGGUGCCUGGGGCGUGGUGACUUCCCAGUACCCGGGUAGCUGGGGCGCCGGAUAUGGCAACUGGGGUCUCGGCAAUGGCAACUGGUACACAGUGCGGCGCCAAUGAGUGGCUAUUAUAUUUCUGCCAGUGACAAGGAUACCUCUGGAUACGCGCUCCGAAGCUAACAGUUGUGGCGCUUCAAGAAAUAAAUCGUGUUAUGGCUGCAACAAAUAUU